AGCCCCGCGCCGCCGGCACUGUGUCUUUGUCGACUCCAGCAUGAGCGCGCUCGUGAUGCUCGCCUGCCUGCUGGCGUCCAGCCGCCUGCUCGCCGCGAGUUCUGCGGUUCGUGACAUCCCAGCGGCGUGCGCGCGGAGCGCAGUGACGACGGUGCGGUGCGCCUCGCCGGGCCCGCCGGACGCGCUCAUGCCGCACCCCGACCACUGCGAGCUGUUCUACUACUGCGAGCCCAGCGGCGCCGCGUGCCGCCAGUGCCCCGCCGGCCUGCACUUCAACCCGCGCCUGCACGUGUGCGACUGGCCCGCCAGCGCCGGCUGUACCGCGCAUGCCCUCACCACCACUGCUACGGACAUACCAGUAAAGGAGCCCACAGCUUUUGCCACUCAGUCUACCAACACACCAGAAGAGGAAACCACAGCGCGUGCAACUCGGUCUACUAUCACGCCAGUAGAGGAGCCCACAGCUUAUGCAAAUCGCUCUACCAACACACCAUUGGAGGAAGACACAACGUAUGCAAGUCGGUCUACCAUCACGCCAGUAGAGGAGACCCCUGCUUAUACAACUCGGUCCACCAGCACAACAGUAGAGGAGACCGAAGCGAGUACAACUCGGGCUACCAACACACCGGUGGAUGAGAACACAGACUAUGUAACUCAGUCUACUAGCCCACCAGUAGAGGAGACCAAAGAGGUUGCAACUCAGUCUACCAACACACCAAUAGAGGAGACCACAGCACAUGCAACUCAGUCUACCAGCCCACCAGAAGAGGAGACCACAGAGCAUGCAACUCAGUCUACCAGCACGCCAGUAGAGGAGACCACAGCGCAUGCAACUCAAUCUAAAAGCACGCCAGUAGGGGAGACCACAGAGCAUGCAACUCAGAUUAGCGAUACACCAGUAGCUAAGACCUCAGCGCGUCCGCUUACAACCCAGUCUACCAACACGCCAAUAAGAGCGACCACAGCGUUUACAAGUCAGUCUACCAGCACACCUGUAGGGGAGACAACAGUGUAUGCAACUCAGUCUACCAGCACGCCAGCAGAGGACACCACAGCGUAUCCGAGUGCCGCUACAGACACAGUAGCAGUGGAGAGCAGCAAGCCGGGCGGGACCAGCCGCGCCAUCAGCACCGGCAGCUCGCGACGCACCACCGUCGGCUGGAGGACGCUCAACUAACCUGACACCAGUAUAACUGACGCCACUACGCCACUGUGGAUCUCCAUUAUACAUAAUUAUAAUAUACAUAUGUAGCUUUUUUAUAAUCCCAAAAAGUAUAAUUUGUUGAUUUGGUUUUCA